GGUAUAUGAAAUAUCCGUAGCCCACUUCCAGGAUGAAGCACAUAGCUCUACUGCUACCAGUUUUUCGGUGCCAAUACGAUUUUUACACACAGCAAAAGCCAAACAGACCACGACGAGCAAAGAAAUGGUGAAGGUUACAAAGAUUAAGAACGAACCAGUAUCAGAUACGGAGGAGCUUAUAAUGGAUACCUUAAAACCCAGUAAACCAACAAGGGCCACCAGAUCAGCGAUGCGAGACUCUACCCCCGUUCAGGAGCUCGUCCCCAGCCUCCUCCGCAGCGAACGAAAAGGUCGCAACCCAUAUCUUGCCUACGGCAGCUCUACCCGAUCCCAGACACGCAAAACCUCCAGAGAAGUCGAUUCUACAAUCCCAACUGGUAUGGUGAAGACACCUCGCUUGACCAGGAUUCCGGCUGGUAUCGGCAUUGAGGAAUUCCCCAGCCCGACGAACUUGAAGCUGAAGAGUGCGACGAAGAGUACGAGGAAGAGCACUAGGACCAAGGUACAGCCUGUGAAGGCCAAGGAAGAGGAGGUGGGUAAGCUUUCUAGUGAUUUGGGUACUAUGAGUUUGGGUGGAAAGAAGGUGGAGAGUAACGUAACGACGAGGGAGCGGAAGUGCAAGAAGAAGGCGGCGAAUGAGGAACCGGUUACUGUUGAAAAGGCCAAGCUCAAGAUUGACACGGAGAAAGACGAGGUUGUAUUUGCUGCAAAGGGUAAUAAACGUCAGACCAGAGCCACGUCGGCAGGGAACAAGCACGUCAUGGAAGACGUCUACAGUGACGAGAAGAAGAACAUAGAGCUCUUCGGUCUCAACCCAAUCGUUCCUGACAACCUCAAACUAGAUGUUUCUGUCUGCCAUUUUCCCAAGAGGAGUUCUACCGAGAUCAUGACCUACGCCUCAUCAUCGUUCUUCGCCUCGGACACCGAUCCCGAUCGCAACUUCAAAGACACUCUCGGCCCCUCCCCAGAAGAUCAAUCACGAAUCCGCAAACUUAUCUCCAAUUUCACGCCCAAUGCCGCCUCGUCCCGCGACAACAAGAAGCUCUGGGAGUUUGAAGAAGAGGACAUGGAGGAACUCCGGGGCGGUAUUGCGGAUUUGGAAGCUUGGGGAGAGCAGGGAUACGCUAGUGCCAUGGCGCUGUUAAUUUUGAGAGGCAUGUUGGAGGUUUGUGUCAAGUUUGACGCCUUUAGGACGAGUGUGGAUCUGUUUUUGGAUGAUGUUGAUAGGGUGGGGAUGGAUAUGGACUGGAACGGAGAGGAGAUAAAGGGGGAACUGGAAUAUCAAGUUGGAGACGAAAUGAGCGACAAUGAGGAAUUAGGUGAGGGUAUGGUGGAAGAGUAUGUUGGCGAAGAGGAGAUUGGAGAUACGUGAUAUUGGCAUAGUGCUUGCUCUUGAUUUCGAGGUCAGCUUUGUGGCCGUCGUAUCUCGCGUAGCUGAUGGCCAUAUCUACGUCGUGGCCAAAUGGUUCGUCCCGCAAAGAAGAUGGUGUUCGAUUGUCUAAGUUGAGUCUUGUAAAGUACACAGAAAUGUAAUCAGGCUCAAAUGGCAAAGUGUCGCAGCAGGAUAUAGAUCUAUCUCCUUAUCUUAGGAAUAGGUAUCGAGAUCUCUUUUGCUGUUUGACACGAAGUCAAACACAUAUCCUAUCGCACUGAAACCAGAUCACUAUCUCAGCU